AUGUCUAAAUUUAUUUCGAAUAUCUCUCCAGAUACAGUUUGUUACAAAUAUGGCAGAAUUCUUGUAAUCGAACAUGAAAUGAGUAGAAAAGGAUAUGAUCUCCCUAGAACUGUCAAUAAUCGCCCUGGAUAUGAUAUGGAUUGCAAGAAUGAAAUAACUGAAACGGAAAAGGAAUUUGACAAAUUAUCAAUUGUGAAGCCUGGACAGACCUUAACUUCCUGGGCGAUAAAUAUGCGAAUUCCAUUACAAGAAUUAUGGGCAAAGAAGAAGAAACUUAAUGUAUAUCACCGAUUCUGCUUAUUUGCGGGAUCUGGGGAAGAAAAAGACGAAACCGAAAGAGACGAAAGAGAUGUUUUUUAUCUCAUCCCUCCUAAUUUUGAUGAGGAAGAAACUGCUUUACGAACCUCCUCCAACACGCCAUCGUGA